UCUUUGCUUUCGAAAUCGCUUUGUUGAUCUCCGUUGUUCCAUACAUUCAAUCGGGAAAAAUCAAAGCAAUCGCCCAUAAUUUGGCGAAUUCUGUUCAUCAGCUAAGAAGUUCGAAAUACACUUUCUUAUGUCAAUCCAGAAUUUUAAAUCCUCCGACCCAUUUGCCCUUGAAGGAGCAAGCAACAGCACGAAUGCUGCUGGCAUCAUACAUAUAAGGCUUCAGCAGCGGAAUGGUCGUAAGACCUUAACUACUGUCGCAGGUUUAGUUGUGCGUCAUGUGAAACAUGAGAAAGCUGUCCUGCAGAAGUGGAAGAAGGAGUUCUGUUGUAACGGGACUAUCAUCCAUGACAAGGGUGAGACUGUCUUCCAGCUUCAGGGAGACCAUUGCGAAGACAUCAUGAAAUUCUUGAUUUCAGAAGAGAUGGCCACAAAGAACCAAAUCAAGGUCCACGGUUGGAAAUAAUGAGUUAUUACCUCCGGUCCACAGCUGGAAUCAGAAAUUUGAGCAGUUUACCUAAUAUGGACUGAUAGCGCUUCACGAUGUAUAUGUUAUCUAUGGAUAUAUUCGUAUUGUUAAAACGGUUCGCAGCUCUAGUGCCCAGCUAACAAAAACCUUUAAGAACCGAGCAAGGUUUUUGUGAAAAAUGAUAAUUAACCAGUCUUGGAUCUGAAUAACACCAGGACGACUUUCCUCUUUGCUGUGUUUUUGCCGCGGUUACUUCUUGAGUCCCAAUCAUGGAACUUGCAAGAAACAAGCUAGUACAUGCAUCAGGAAAGGUUGGAUAUAGAGUUAUUUUUACUCUGCAACUCCCGAGACGGAAAUCAUGCUCCGUUCUUAAAAACACUCAGUAGUACAUAGCCACGCUUUUCUACCGUUUGUACAUAGAAUAUUGUAUCACAAAAUCGUGUGUGAUUUUUGUACGAUUUAUUACGACCAGAAGAACUAUGCAGUAUAAUUGUUGACCAAUCAUCAGUCGGGCAGAAUUAUGACAUACUCUCGUCUGAGGAACGAAUUGUACGAAAAGAAAUAAGAAGUGAUCACGUUGGAUUCAAAAUCGGGGAUUUGGUUCAGGACUUGUGUUAGAAACUUUCAUCUUGUGUGGAAGGAUUCGACCAAUUAGAAUGCAAUCAGUCCUGGUCUUGGUAUGGUUCAGUGAUGUACAUAUACUCACUCUGAAUGCGGUUAGUUGAUGGUUGACCUUAUAGACCCUUUUACACCAGGCGGAGGAAGCCACUGCUGCCCAAACGAACCUAAAUAUCUAUAAGCACAAUGAACAAAAGAACAUGCGGUGUGCUGCCAUGCGGUCUUUUGUUUGCUACUUGUGGCCGGCAGUGGCUAUCUCUGCCUGGUGUAAGGGCCUCUAUUGUUGAAAAGCUGGAUCAAAUAAGGGUGUCUGUGUAUCUUUUCUCAGACUGCUCACAGCUACAGUUUGAAGAGAAAAAAACGAGUUGGAGCUGUGAGCAGUCUGAACUAAAGCCCCAAAGUUCGCAUUUAAGACUAGGUCUUCUCCUCUCCUUUGUGUAAAUAACAUGAGAUAAUUUGAUCGUUUUGUGCCAUGUUACAAAAAUCUUCAAAUUGGGCAGUUGGCUACUAGAGCUGUCAACUUCUCUGUCGUGGAAUCAUGAGAUAAUAGCUGAUCUAAAAUCGUAAAAUGGUGGCAACACUGCAUGCCUCUUACUUCUCUGGGAUGCAAAGAGAAGUGUAUUUAAGUGUAAUGUGUGUAGAUAAAGCUUUUAAGUAAUUAUUAAGUUGAGAAAAAGUUCUUUGAAAAUAGCAUUGUGGCACGAGUCUCUUGAAUAUUUUAUUGGCUGACCAAGUGAAGUACCUACAGGACUGGGCCGGUCUCCUCAAAAUGCAAGGGUAGCUUUCUGUUCUGUUCUCAGCAGUUGAGUUGACAAUAUCGAGCACUCCAGUUCAUGGUAACUACUUUUCUUGUGUUCCUUUGCCUUUUGUGAGAACUGGUGCCGCUCGAUGAAAGCAAGUAUCCUGGUUGAUUUACUGGUUCUGUAUUAUUUGAAUAGGCUGGCACAAUGUCACUGAAAAGUCAAGUCAUGUACAUACUCUUUGUGACAGCUCAUUUCAAUUUUCAUGGUCUUGACAAGGUUGUAAAGACCUCUUCCAAUUCUGUUUGGUGUUGGUGACAAUUAUUGAUACAGGCCUCUGCCAAUUUAAACUCAUUUUACAAACUUAUUAGUAGGAAAACCUGAUGAGUUGUAUUAAAAAACAUUUUGAGGUGUUGAACGUGGCUGCACAAAUUUCCCAUGAACCUGAAGCCGCCCUCUCAAUUGGGUUUAAAAUUCUCGGCUGGAACUCUCUCACUUGGUCGCGGUAGUAACCGCACCAGUUUCCAAGGAAAUAUGUUUCCAUUGCAAAGCCACAGACCUUUUAAAAACACUUUAGAUUUUAAGCCAUAUUUGUUUCGGUGUGUUUGUCUUUGAUACGAUAAGCAAUAAAAUUAUGACUGAA